AUGUCUCAGGGACCUUUAUCAACGGCGGCUAGCUCGAAGACUUCGUUCGACCUCGAGCCCAACCCCUUCGAACAGAGCUUUGCUUCGAAGGACGGACAGUCGUCGACAGUGGGCGGCGGCUCUGGUGAGAAGCCUCCGACGAUUGGCGGGCUCGGGACGUCUCCACAGAUCCUGACGCCUGGAGGCCGCAAGCUACCGCCACUGGUGCUGUCUCCCAAUGUGCCAUCCAGCUGGGGGAACACCCAGUACGUGAGAACAGGGCUCACGCCGAACGACUCCAACAUCAGGACAGGGCUCACGCCGGGAGGACAGAGCUUCCCUCACUCGCUGCAGAACAUGUCGCUGCCAGGGGUUGCCACGCCGGGAUCGCUGGGGUUCCCAGGUGGCCUUACACCUGGGCUGAGCUCGUUCCUGGCGUCGAGCACCAAGGACUUUGACCAACAGCUCCAGGCUGACGACCGUUCAGUGAGAACUGAUACGACGGAUGCGAAUGCCUCGACAAAUACAAACGCCAGUGCGAAUACGAACACCACCGCAGACAUAGCCGCGAGUACGAGCACGAUGCAGACAGCAACAGCGGACGCUGUGACCAAGCAGAACGCUCUGGGUGCAAAUGGCGAUGACAGUGUCAUUUUGAAUGAUGCUAAGCCUAAAGGAAAGAGAGGACGUAAAAGGACAGGCAAGGCCAAACAGGUUGAAGCUGAAGAACGGAAAGCUAAGAAACCGAAAUCUGAGUCCGAAGGCGAGAACAACGGUAUUAAUAAUGACAACAGCAAUGGCAAUGACGAAGAUGCUACCGAGGAGCAGAAACGUAAGAGCUUCUUGGAAAGAAACAGGAUGGCUGCUUCGAAAUGCCGGAAGAGAAAGAAAGAGCAAAUCAUCAAGAUGGAGAACGAUUUGAACUUUUACCUCAACGAAUACAACAACCUCACAAGUGCAUUAGAUCAGCUAAGGCAGCAGUCGCUUUUAUUGCAUCAAUCCAUUGUCGAAGGGAAACAGACCAGUGCAUUAUCACCUAUAGUGGACACCAUCUUGCAGACGAUUAACGGCACUAAUUACAUUGCGAGGUUACGUGGUGAUAAUCCUUCUCAUAUAGUGCCUACUGUUCAACCAAUCAAUCCGAAUUUGGUACAGCAGCAGCAGCAACAGCAACAGCAACAACAGCAACAGCAACAGCAGCAACAGCAACAACAACGACAGCAGCAACAACGACAGCAGCAGCAACAGCUAGCAGCAAGUGUACCCAUUGCUCCACCAGUAACAACGGUAACAGUACCGGGUGGUCCAAUUCAAACGUCCCCACAAGUCGGGGCGCAAGUUGUUCAAGGACCACAACUCACAGUCGAUGGUCAGCUGAGACAACAGAUAACCACCAAUGGCGUGAAUAUCGCACCACCUGAGAUCCUACCAGUGCAGAUACAGGGACAAGCCGUUGUUCCUCCACAGGUUGUCGUAGUUAGUGGUAAUGGGAAAGUGACACAGCUUGAGAAUAUGAACCAGUGGGCUCCAGCUCAAUGA